AUGAGUUCAGAUUCAAUGCUCGCCUCAAAAGCCGGCUUGACUUGCGCUUCCGAAACUCUUCGUCUAGAGCUUCAGCCACUCGGCGUCGAUGUUGUCACUGCUAUGGUCGGAUGCAUCAACACCGAAUUCUGCGCCAAAGAUAUCCCAUCAAUACUUCCCUCCGACAGCUUCUACAGAUCAAUUGAGCGGUAUAUCGAGGACAGUGCAGCGGGCAAGCCUUCACCAACAGGGAUGGACGUAAAUGUAUUUGCGGAGUAG